CUGCCUUUCUGCCCUCCCUCUGCCUCCCUGUCCGCGUUCAACCACUUUUCUCCUCUGCCUCAGAACACCCAUCACCAAACCCUCCUGCACUCCUCGAACCAUCCUCAUCGAACCGGUACCGCAUCACACUAUCGACAAUCGACAUUGCUAUCGAACCCCCUGCGUCCCAUCACCUCAACGGUCCGCCAAUUCCGACGUGUCUGAAACCAGCCACUCAGACGCGAAAUCGCUAGCCUCUCGCGGAACCCAUCGUCACGGUGCCAAAGCCGACAAACCUUUUGCCGCUUGCCCUCCCACCCCCCACAACCCGGAACGCAGACCAAAAAAACGCUACAACGUACGACCCAUAGUACAGAAGGGGCCCAUCCUCCGAACCCCGUUUGUGACUUUUCCCACCCUAGGCCCGAGGUCGCACCGCUCCAUCGGGUUUUCGCCAUUCUCCAUAAGCCCAAAAGGAAAAAGAAGAAGGAAAAGCACGGGGAAGGGGCAAAACAGUGAUACGACUAAUUUACUUCUACCACCCUCGCGCCCGGCACAAACAUUAAUAACGAGGAUUCUUCCCUCCCCCUUUGGAUCUUCGAAACACUUCCAGGUACAACCUACAAACCCCUUCGCAACACUGGCACCCCCCCAGCGCAGCCAGCACAGCCGCCCUGACGAGGCAUAUAUUGACCACUGGGAUUCCCUUGACUUCCACGCUGACCGAACCGGGCCAACCACCGAGGCGAGCAGCAGCGGCAAGUCAACCGAUCACAACUCCCAUCACGCCGGAUCACCGUUCGCCGGCCUUCUCCUGAACUCCAGGUCGUUUAGCCGACUCACAUCCGUGGGCCCUGACUCGACGCAAACAUAUUACUCGCACAUUGCAUCACCACCCGCAACCAGCCCAUCCCAUCGCCACCCUCCCGCAACUGGGAAUCCGAAUCCCGGAUCUGGCGACUAGCAACACCCAUCAUAAUAACAUCACGGGCCCCCCAAACUCUGUGCGUGUAUAUCAAACCCGACACCCCCGUCGCGUCUUACAACAACAACAACAACAUCCUCCUCCCUUCCAACCUCGCACAGCCAGCAAAAUGUUCUUCUCGUCACCCACCUCCAACAUCACCCCAGCCAUGACAUCGGUGGCUAUGUCGCGUUCAGACUCGCGCGACUCCACCUCGUCCAACACGUACUCCUACGCGCCCACGUCUGCCUACACGGCUCUCGUGUGCGCGUCACCCACCUCAGCGUGGCCAACCUCUCAAGCCCUUGCACGCACAGACAGCAAUGCAUCCAACUCGACGUCUUCGUCGCAAACACAAUCCAUUGCCAUGCGUCGCGACAGCAGCAACUCGACCUGGAUGCCUAGCCCAUACAGGUCAUGCAUGUCAUCGUUCGGCGCCGAGCCCAGCUCAUACCUCUCUGACGAUGACCUCCUCUGCUCAGCCGAAGACCUCAGCCUUCCUGUGGAGACCAUUCCGGCACUGGCACCCAAGAAGGAACUCACCACCGAAGAGCAAAUCGCCUUCCUCCGGGAACUCCAGGAGAAGGAGGCUGCCGCCAAUCUACCCCAGGCAGCAGCUCCCUACGCACGAGACGCCGAGGCGAAACGCAGAGUUGUGCGCUUCGCCAACCAGGACACCAACAGCGCAAGCAAGUCACGCCGACCCAGCGCCAGUGCCCUCAAGAGACGUCAGACCAGCCAACGACGUGGCACGAGUUGCCUGAAUGGCCCUCAGUAGAGGAGGAUGAGUCUGGGGCUGGCCCCCGGUCACAUCAAUCUACGUGUUUUUGUCUUAGCGAGCGCAUCUUUUCAGCGAGCGACUGCAUACUGGUUCGGUUCGACCAGUUUGUUUUGCAUAUCUUGAGAGCAUGGGACACGGCCUACGAUACCCCCGCCUAUAUGGCUGAUUGGAUACGAUAUGAAUAUGGUUGAGUCACUUGUAUGACUCCCUCUUCACCUAAUAGAGGAACCUCCGAACUCCAAGAGUCCUCUAGAUUAGUAUUAUUAGCUUAAUAUAUCUAUUGCUGAACACAUCAACA